UCAUGCUGUGAUACUGUGAAGAACCACAGUUCCCAUAAUGCACCUGUAUGCUAUGUGCUGAAGUUGUCGCGUGCUAAGACGCCUUCUGUGAGGAACGCACGAUACUACUGUGAAAAACUACAAUUCCCAUAAUGCACCUGUAUGCUAUGUGAUGAAGCUGUCGAGUGCUUAGGCACCAGUUUGUCUGCGAGGGAGACUGGGUGGCUCAUUAUAUUCAAAGUCAAGUUCUCCGACUUUAGAUUAACGAAAAUAAUACGCAGUCUAAAGAAAAAUACUUAAUAUCACUUGACUGUAAGAUUGAUGUAUGUAGGAGGAGUAAAUAGAAGUCCGGGUGACUGAUGCACUGUUGGGCAGAAGAAGGCACUACUUCUGUGAUCCAACCGCAAUAGAGGAUUGACAAAUCGAAAUAAAAUAAGCUAUAAGUAGUUUGGUCUGUAGGGGGAGCUGUAGAAAACAUUUCAUUCCUCUGGGCUAGGCUUUUGCGCUGUCUGUUUUCCGAUGUCUGUCACGUGAGCAGCAAUGUCAUGUGAGCUGGGACAGCUCUUUUCGUAGUGGGUAUGAGAGGUUCCAUGAAGGGGUAGUGGGGAGAAGAUGGCAACUGUUAGAUCUGUCCAUCCUUUCUCCUCCUCAGCUACAUCCUUAAAUAAUGACAGGACCAGUUACCUGGGAGCCCGGAUUCCCCCUGAGGUGGAGGCUAUGGCAAAAUAUAUGAAGGACCUGGACAAAGAUAUAUUUAGGAAAAUCCUUAAAGCUGUGGUAGAAGCCUUGGAGGGAAAGGACAGUCGAGAAACCUUACAGUUGAUAUUAGAAAAUACCUUAAUGUCAGAAGAGAAGCUAAGUUUUCUUAUUUCUGGGGCAUACACCCUGUUGAAAGUAGCCCUAAGGCUUCCAGUAUCAACACUUAAACAGGAGGUUUUUAAGGAAGACUUGAAAGAGCUCAGGAUCCCAGAGGAUUUUAUAGAAGAUUUUGCCAACAUAGUGUAUGGAAACAGGAGACCAAUUCUUGAGAAUGCGGCUUUGAAAAAAGGUGUUACAUUGCCAACGUUAGAGGAUAUCCGAUGGAGAGUUGAUGUGGCAAUUUCUACAAGCUCCCUCUCCCGAGCCUUGCAGCCUUCCAUUUUAAUGCAGCUCAAACUCUCGGAUGGAAUUUCUCAUCGUUUUGAGGUUCCAGUAGCCAAGUUCCAGGAACUAAGGUAUAACAUUGCUCUAAUACUGAAAGAGAUGAAUGAUUUAGAGAAAAGAAGUAUUCUCAGAAUCCAGGACUAAUUCUGUCUCCUGUGGAAUCCCGACUUUGCCAGUCAUUCUAACAAAUAUCUUCUGCCUUGCUGUAAUAUAUAUAUAUAUAUAUAUAUAUAUAUAUAUAUAUAUAUAUAUAUAUAUAUAUAUAUAUAUAUAUAUAUAAUUCAACAGAGAAGGUCCGCACUCUCAGGUCUUAAAAGUAAAAAAAUGGUUUAUUUUAAAAAGACUAACGUUUCGGCCUCUCCGAGGCCUUUCUCAAAGUACAGACAUGUAUACAAUGAAGGCUUUAUAUACCCUAGAUGGCGGGAAAGGCUAAUUGGCUGACAGCAUCAUCAUCAUCAUCAUCAUCACUAUGCGUCAAGUACUAUAGUUGUUAGGAUACACAUGUAUAACACAUUAAAAUUCAUAACACUUUUAAGUUAAAACCCCAAUUCCAAUGAAUAAGGAAAUAAAAAAAUAUACUAUG